AUGUCGCUGCGACGGGCAGGGGCUCUGCCCUGGGUACUGCUGCUGCUUCUCCCAAACUUGAAGCUCCUGAGGACCCAGGCCUGGUGUUCUGAAAAGGAAAAGGACAAUAAUCAAAAAAGCAGAGCUCCUGAGUUCCCCGCCACAGUGGAGUUCGCCUUGCACACGUUCAACCAGCAGAGCCAGGACGACUAUGCCUACAGGCUCGUGAGCAUCCUGAGUUCCUGGAGGGAGUAUUCCCGGUACAAGCAGGACGAUCCCAAGAUGGUGUUCUCCAUGAAACUGCAACUGCGCAGAACAUGGUGUGGAAAAUUUGAGGAAGACGUUGACAACUGCCCGUUUCAAGAAAGCCCAAAACUGAACAGUACCCUCAUCUGCCUCUUCACCGUCAGCACCAGGCCCUGGAUGUCACUGUUUGAGCUCCUGAACCAGACCUGCUCAGAGGAGCUCCCCUGA